AUGGAUGGAUGGCGAGAUGGUAUGACGGCGCUGGGAAAGAAGCUACCAGAGGAUGUACAGGAAGUACCCGAUCGCGGAGACAAAAACCACGAAUUCGAAACGCCGGAGUACGAGGCCGCCAUGGAAGUCUUCUACAAAAGACACUUCAGUCUCGCCAGACCGUGGCCGGCGAAGGAGGUCCAGGUUGCAAUGGACCGUUUAGGAGGGGAUCCAACGACGUAUGGCCCAAGCGAGCUCUACAUAUCCGGGUCUCUACGCGACUGGACUUGCAUCCCAAUGUUGAAACACAUCAAGGCUCCAACGCUUCUGAUCAACGGGACGGAUGAUGAAGCUCAGGAUGUGGCGAUGCAGCCGUUCUUUGACCACAUCGAGAAGGUGAAAUGGAUUACGCUGGAGAAUGCCGCGCACUUUUCCCAUGUCGACCAGAGAGAGGUAUACAUGAAACAUCUGAGGUAUUUCCUGUCAGUGGAGGUGUAA